AUGCCUUUCAAUCAGCGAAAGGGUUUCAGGAAGAAAAACGGUCCUCGAACAAGUGGCCCUAACGGUGCCAAUAGUCAGCCACUAGGAACUGGACGUAAUCAGAGCCGAAACGGGAAUUUCGAGCGUGGUAACGGUUUCCAGAGCUCACAAAAGGACUCUGAAAGACCACAAUCGAAGCGUCAACACACCGGCCCGUCCAGAUACAGCGGAUCCCGGUUCCAAGACGCUGCAGCUACAAGAGGGCUUACCAAGGCAAAAAGUCAUGUCAAUGGUCAGCAGCUCCCUACGGGGCCUAAGCUGAUGAAACAACAAGAACAGCAGCAGCAGCAACUGGGGAAAUCGCGCUACGAAUCAAGAAAUGCACCUCCGUUCAAGCCCAAGUUGGCCCCAGUAUCCGUUAUCGUACGGGAACAGGAGUCUUCAGUCUACGAACGCAUCCAACAAGUUGGGGAAGGAACAUACGGGAAAGUAUACAAGGCCAAAAAUACGGUUACCGGUCAACUAGUGGCGCUGAAAAGAUUGAGACUCGAGGGCGAGCGUGAAGGUUUCCCCAUCACUUCGAUUCGCGAGAUAAAACUGCUCCAAAGUUUCGACCACCAAAACAUAAGCACGCUUUCGGAGAUUAUGGUGGAAUCCCAGAAAACUGUCUACAUGAUCUUCGAAUAUGCCGAUAACGAUCUGUCAGGGCUGCUGAUGAACGAGCAAAUUAAGUUUUCUGUUGCCAACUGCAAACACAUCUUCAAAAGUCUGCUGGAGGGCAUACACUAUCUGCAUGAAAAUAGCAUUCUACACCGAGACAUCAAAGGUUCUAAUAUUCUUAUAAACAACAAGGGUCAACUGAAGAUCACGGAUUUCGGGCUGGCACGGAAAAUGCGUGAUGAUUCCGACUACACCAACCGUGUCAUCACACUUUGGUAUCGUCCUCCAGAGCUGCUUCUGGGCUCCACGAACUACGGCACCGCAGUCGACAUGUGGGGAUGUGGGUGCCUAUUGGUUGAAUUGUUCCAACAGGCUGCUAUUUUCCAAGGCACCAACGAAGUCGAGCAACUAAAUGCGAUUUUCGCGGUGAUGGGCACGCCAAGUAUUGAUCAGUGGCCCACACUUUUCGAUAUGCCCUGGUUUUUCAUGAUGAUACCGCAGCAAACAUGCAAAUACCCUUCGAAGUUCGAUGAGCUUUAUCAAAAAGUGCUGCCCUCGAGUGCUGCUCUAGACCUGGCGAAGGGUCUGCUGCUGUACGACGAGACAAAACGCUAUUCAGCGCAAGAGGCAUUGAAGCACCAGUUUUUCAGCGAGGAACCACGGCCGCAACCGUUGGAUCUGAUGGGGUUCGACGGCUGGCAUGAGUUUGAAGCCAAAAGGCAUCGUCGCAAGGAAAGAGAGGAACAAAAAAGACGUGAAAAGUCCGAACCAGCGUCUCUCCCACCGCCCUAA